GAUAUAUUUGAUAUAUCGAAAUUUUACAUUAGCCGGAUAGCUGAUAAUAAUUAGCAAAGCACAACAAUGAUCCACGAUUUGUUAUUAUCCUGCUUAACUCAAACUAAGAAAGGAAUUGGAAUAAAGACUUUUUUGGACAACAACACCAUUGACCACUUUAUCCAUCCUUGCGAGAGAGAACUAUUUCAAGAAAUUUUGAAUGUAAUUAAUGUUCUUCACGAAGUUGUUCAGUUCACACUUUUAUUGAGAUUAAAUGAAGAUGAACGGUGUAAAAAAUCAUUUAAUGAAGAUCACAACAUUGAAGAUCUUCCACACGGCUUUUACUUGAUCAAUUUUGGCAAAGGCGUCGAGGCAGCGCUUGAAGAAUAUUAUGAGGAAAUCACACAGCUUGAAACAUUUUGCUCAAAGAAUAAACCCAACUCGCUUGCAUUUGUUCACGAUGCUUUGCAGGCAAAGCUCCCAAUUCUACUUUUUUUGAAGAAACUUAUUUUCGAAAUACAAGUGAAAAAACUGCACGGGUGCACCAUGCUUCAUAGCCUACAUCAACAUUCCGAGCAUGGAGACUUUCAACUGGAAAGAAUUACAAAAAUAGUCAUGAAGCCAGUCAAAUUUUCGUUUUUCUCAAGUCUGGCUCACUGGCUAAUUUUUGGGGUGAUCGACGAUGUCUUUUCCGAGUUUUUUAUUAAAUUCUCUCCACAAGAUGAUUCCUCCCUGAAUGGCUCUUGCUCCAAAUCAUCAGUAAAUAAUACCCGUCUGAACGCAGGUGGAAAUUGUGAGGACUACAUAUGGCAAUAUGAAAUCAAUUUGAGUCAACUGCCAGGAUUUCUUUCUACUAUUGUGGCUGAGAAAGUUCUAUUCGUUGGGCAAACAGUUCUGGUUUUUAAAAUGGGACGAAGCUUUCAAAGAAAAAAUAAGAACGAUCACUGGGAAAAUAAACGUUCUGAUAGUUCGGGCGAUGACAUUUACAACCUGUGGAAUGGCAAAGAAUCUGAGUUCCUUGAAAUGGUAAAGGAUCUUAACAAUGAUGAAGAAAUAGAUGUUUUUCAUAUCGAAAGCGUUGUUAAUGACAUUAAGAAAUACGUCAGCAUGCGUUUGACAGAGAUAGCCCUAAACGAGGUUGACUUAGAACGCCAAAUGGGAUUAAUUAAAGAUUUCUAUUUGUUAGGGCGCGGAGAGUUUUACUUAGAGUUUUUAUCUCAGCUCAACCGCGCUUCAGAUGUCUAUUGUGACUCCAGCUCAAAAAAUUACACCAGAUCUUUUGAGCUUGCCGCAACUGUCAUGGGAAUUACUGAUGAUUUGGAAAAUUUCUCACUUAGUGUUCCGAAAACUAUCGGGGAGUCAGAUGAACACUGCGAUUUUCGAAUCUUUGAAAAUCUUCAUUUAAAAUAUAUAUACGAAUGGCCAUUGAAUCUUUUGUUUUCGCCAAAGGCAAUUGAGCGAUAUAAUCAGAUAUUUCGAUUCUUAUUGACAAUAAGAAAACUUCAGUACGAUCUGCAACAAGUUUGGACAACACAGACAUUGGCAGCCAAAUCGAAGUCUGGACACAUAAACAUGCGAAUGAUGAAUCUCCUCAAUCAACUGAUGUUCUUUUUGAAUAAUAUGCAGUAUUACAUUCAAGUGGAUGUACUUGAAAGUCAGUUCAGUAUUUUGAUAAAUGCCAUUAGGAACAAAGCAGAUUUUGAAGAAAUACAAAAAAAGCAUACAGUAUUUCUAGCGAAUGUUCUUUCCCAGUGCUUCCUGAUUUCUGGCUCAAAGGAUUCACAAAUGGAUUCAUCACGCACAACAUACCAACCCACAAACCCCAUUUAUGGCAACAUUCUUGAACUCUUUUAUAUAUGUGAAAAAUGUAGCAGCAUCAACGCGUUGGCAAACACAUCUGAUGCAUUUCUAAAGGAGCUCGAUAAUCUGGAGGAAAGAUUUGGCGUCCAAAUAGCGAGCCUUCUUCAAUUACUGCUGAACAUUAAAACAUCAUCUUGUUUGGGGCCGCUUUCUCAGCUUCUACUGCGAUUGGAUUUCAACCGUUGGUUUAGUUCCGCUCAUAACAUUUCCUAAGCUAAACAUUGAAAUACUAUAGCUGCAAGCGUUUUAUAUCUUCUAUACGGAAAUCGAUUCUGAAAAAAUAAUAAAAAUAAUUUAUUUUAUAUGCAAGUAC